AUGGGAGUCCACGGUCUCUGGGAGCUACUCUCCCCCGUCGGUCGCCGCGUCUCCGUCGAAACCCUCGCCGGAAAAACUCUCGCCGUUGAUGCGAGCAUAUGGAUGGUGCAGUUUAUGAAAGCGAUGCGCGACGAGAAGGGCGAAAUGGUUCGGAACGCCCAUUUGCUGGGCUUCUUCCGUCGCAUUUGCAAGCUUCUGUUCCUCCGCACCAAGCCGGUCUUUGUCUUCGACGGCGGAACCCCUGCCCUCAAGCGUCGCACCGUCGUCGCCCGCCGCCGCCAGCGCGAAAACGCCCAAGCUAAAGUCCGCAAAACUGCGGAGAAAUUGUUGCUUAAUCAUUUAAAGACGCUAAGGUUGAAGGAAGUGGCUGAUGAUAUUAAGAGCCAGAGGAUGCAGAAGAAUGGUAAUACUAAGGGUCAGGAUAAAUCUAAUCAGAAGGACUUUGUUGGUAGUGAUUCAGGAAGACGUCAUGUGAAAGAGCUGGAUGAAAUGUCUGCAACUAAGGAGGACAUAAAUUCUUCACAAGCAACAGUAUCGACAGGUUACAACCAGGAAGAUCUUGACGAAAUGCUAGCAGCAUCCCUAGCUGCAGAGGAAAAUGGAAAGCAUGUCAGAAAAGGAGCGCCGACUAUUGUAAUUAAUCCUCCAGAGGAGGAACCUGAUGCAGAAGAACAGAUUCUACUGCCAGCAGUAAAUGCAGAACUUGAUAUAGCGGUACUAGCUGCUUUGCCACAGUCUAUGCAACUUGAUAUUCUAGCACAGCUUAAGGGAAAGAAAACAGAAGGACUUGUAAAGGAAGUUGACAACCAUGAACAACAUGAAGUCAAUUAUCGAGGCAAGGGUAAGGGGAUUCUGCUCAGUGAAGCUGACAUGGUUGGUUGUAGCUCCCAACAUGACGAUGUUGCAUCAAUGAGAGACAAUCAAGCCUCAAUUGACGAAAUGUUAGCUGCAUCUAUUGCUCUGGAGGAAAAUGAUGAUUUAGUAAAUAAAGCAUCAACUCCUGUUGGGGCUUCCAUUAAUGAGGAAGAGGAAGUUGACUAUGAUGAAGAUGAAGAGAUGAUACUACCUGCUAUGCAUGGUCAAGUUGAUCCAGCUGUUCUAGCCUCAUUGCCUCCAUCAAUGCAGCUGGACCUUCUUGUUCAGAUGAGAGAGCGUUUAAUUGCAGAGAACAGACAAAAGUAUCAGAAAGUCAAGAAGGAUCCUGCAAAAUUCUCUGAGCUACAAAUACAAGCUUACCUUAAAACUGUUGCUUUCAGACGGGAGAUAGAUGAAGUGCAGAAAGCUGCAGCUGGAGGUGGAGUAGGUGGUGUACAAACUUCACGGAUUGCAUCUGAAGCCAACAGAGAAUAUAUUUUCUCGUCAUCUUUUACUGGUGAUAAACAUGAACUUACCUCCACCAGCUUAGAGAAAAAUAAAAAUACACAACAGAAGGCACAGGGAGCACAUCCUUCCCAGAAUCUUGCAAAUAGCAUGGUGGCUGCAAAUGAUUUUAAUAAAUCAAGUGAAUUGGUUUGCAAUGAACCUAGUGAGAUUGCUGAUGAAAAUAUUCAGACAUAUCUUGAUGAGAGGGGUCGAUUUCGUGUGAGUAGAUUGAGAGCUAUGGGGAUGCGUAUGACCCGUGAUAUACAAAGAAAUCUGGAUUUGAUGAAGGAGUUUGAGCAGGAAAGGGCACAUGUGAACAAGGCUUCAAAUCUGGGAACAGUGAAAAAUGUAGAGAAUACGGGUUCAUCAAAAAGUUCUGGGAUCCAGCUUGUUAGUAAAUCACAAGAGGUGAAUGUUGACUUAGUUGGAGAGGAUGUGCAAAAUGAACAAAAAAUGCUUCGCCAAAAAGCUUCUAUAGAGAUAUCUUUUGAAUAUGGUUGCAAAAACGAUUUUUCAAAUGGUGAGGAUGAUAUAUUUUCUAGUUUAGUAGGAGGAAAUCCAGUGGGGAUCUUUGCUGCUGAUGAUACUGCAGCAGCAGAGCAACCUUCUCAUUCUGAUUGGGAAGAAGGAAUUGUUGAAGGUAAGACUACUGCUUUUCCUGAACAUGAUAAGGUAGAGUUGAGAUCUUCUGUUGCAGACAAGGAUAAUAAUAGUAGUGAAAGUGAAGUAGAAUGGGAAGAAGGAGAUUGUGAUGCUGCUAACAACAGCUUACUGUCAGGAAAAUUUGCAUCUAGAGGAUGUUUGGAAGAGGAGUCCGAUUUGCAGGAGGCAAUAAAGAGAAGUCUUGAGAUUACAGAGGAUGGAAAACGCAAAUGUAUGUCAUUGGUAGAUGAGCAUUCAAAUACUUAUGAGAACAAACUGGAUCAUGAUUCAGAACAUGAUGAUGAUCUGUUUUGUUCUGACCCAAUGGAUUUAAAUGAUAACACUGGGUUCCUAAAUAAUAAAAAUAAUAUGGAGGGAUUCACUUUGUGUAGGGAAGACAGUACUGAUAAAAACGAAUUACAUGAAAUAGAAGAUGGAGAUAAAAAGCAUGAUUUUGUUUCUGGAAAUAAUGCACAAACUUUCCAUUUUUAUGGAAGUCCGUCAAAGCCAUCUAUGAUAUUUAAUUCGAAUAAAACUGAGAUAUUGAUUGACACAGCUUGCACAUGGAAUGGCCACCCUUGUUCUGAAGAUUCAAUUUCAGAUACAAAUGUAAUGACGAAGGCCCAGGUCCCUGUGGUUGCAGAGCAGUUAUUGGAUAAACAUGAUAAUGAUAAAGUGUCUUUGAAUUGUGGGAAUAUAUCCAAGGUCGAUCCAGUUGAUGGAACUGAAGAGGAGAAAAAGAACUAUAUUCAUGAAUCUGAACCAUUGAGAAAUUGUACUGACACUACCAAACCCACUAUUCUUUUGGUGGAAUCAUCCUUGAAAGGAACACCAAAAGACCUUCUUAUUGAGCCAAAAUUGGCUUCAGAGGACAAUAAUGGAAUUUCCUUUGAUGAAAGGAAGAGUAGCUAUGACAAGGAUGCGGUUAACACCCCACGGGAUUUUCCUGCUCUUGCAACUGAGGUUAGCUUGGAGGAAGAAAUUCAAAUUCUUGGUCAAGAAUAUAUUAAACUAGAGAAUGAGCAGAGGAAGCUAGAGCGGAAUGCAGAAUCUGUAAACAGUGAAUUAUUCACUGAAUGUCAGGUGUUGAACUGA